AUGGCAUCAGCAAAUAGCAUCAUCUCCAUAUCCUCUGCUUCAUUGUUGAAUCGAACUCCUCAAUCAAAAGCAACAUCACUAAUUAGCCUCCUAAUACACAACCAAGAUCAUGAACAACGUUGUACUUCAAAAUCCUCUUUCACCACCGCUCUUAAGAUAUCAACUCCAACAACCACAAGGCGUAGGUUGAGUUGCUCAGCCUCAGUUUCUGAAGCUUCAACGCUGCCCUCUGCUCUUCUUUUUGACUGCGAUGGAGUUCUUGUUGACACUGAGAAAGAUGGCCACCGCAUUUCUUUCAAUGACACCUUCCAAGAGAAAGAACUCGGAGUUACAUGGGAUGUGGAAUUGUAUGGUGAAUUGCUCAAAAUCGGAGGCGGAAAAGAAAGAAUGACAGCGUACUUUAAUAAGACGGGCUGGCCAGCGAACGCUCCGACAGGUGAACAAGAAAGGAAAGAUUUCAUAGCUUCACUUCACAAGCGAAAGACAGAGUUGUUCAUGGUGCUUAUUGAGAAAAAACUGUUGCCUCUUCGCCCAGGUGUUGCAAAGCUUAUUGAUCAGGCUUUAACUCAAGGAGUCAAUGUUGCAGUUUGCAGUACUUCCAAUGAGAAGGCGGUCUCUGCUAUAGUAUCGUUUUUACUGGGACCUGAGCGAGCAGAAAAAAUCCAGAUAUUUGCAGGAGACGUAGUUCCUCGCAAAAAGCCUGAUCCGGCCAUUUAUUUAUUAGCAGCCAGUACUCUCGGUGUCGAACCUUCAAGAUGUGUCGUGGUCGAAGACAGUGCCAUAGGCCUAGCAGCUGCUAAAGGAGCUGGGAUGAAGUGUAUAGUAACAAAGAGCGGAUAUACAGCAGAUGAAGAUUUCCUGAAUGCAGAUGCUGUAUUCGACUUCAUUGGUGAUCCUCCUGAGGAGAGAUUCGAUUUAGCAUUUUGUGGUAACCUUCUUGAGAAGCAAUUUGUCAGCUAG